ACAAAGAAAUAGGCCCAGGAACAAGACUACAUGAUGUGGAAUGGGAGCCUUAUUUCUGCGUUCUACUCCAAGAUGAACAAACACUGACAGCCUAUAGGAGUGAAGAACUUGCUCUUUUUCCUGGGACGAUUUUUGGGAUGAGAAAUCGUUUGAAGAUCGGCGAUGCCCUAUUCGUGGAACUACCCGGGUACGGCUCGACGGGGGUGCCAAGGCCUUCAGACAGCGCUGGGGCUACGAGGGGGGCAAUGCCCUGCUGCGCCCCCCUAAUGGAGGAGGAUGAGGGCAAUGAGGAGGCAGAGGAGGAGGGGGAGACCGUGUCGCUCAGGGAGGAGGUUUUUCUGCCAUCGUCGCCAUUAGGUGAGGAGAAUUGA